AUGAUUGAGGAAAUCCGGGGGUACUUGGGAAUGCCAUCGGCUCUGGACGAGACUGCGCUGCCUGCGGCCGCUUCGUUCGAUGAGUUCUGCCGGCACAAUCUCAGUCCAAACAUCAAGCACUCAACUCGUGAUAUCUGUUCCCUGAGUCGAAUAACUUUGGAGACGAUCGGUCGCGGUGCCCAGCUCGGGAUCGAAGAAUGUCAACACCAAUUCAGGAUGAGCAGAUGGAAUUGUUCGACGCAGCAGGACGAUCAUCGGGUCUUCGGGAAAGUUCUCGGCAUCAGCAGUCGAGAGAAGGCGUUCGUUCACGCGAUUUCAGCGGCCGGAGUUGCGUAUUCGAUCACGAGAGCUUGCAGUAAGGGCGAGCUCACAGAGUGCGGAUGUGACUCGAACAUCAGGAGCAAACAGACACGCGGCAGAUGGCAAUGGGGAGGAUGCUCGGAAGAUAUCAGCUACGGAACGCAGUUUUCAAGGGAUUUCGUUGAUCUCGGCGAAGAAAUCACGAGUCCGCAAGGUCUCAUGAAUUUACACAACAAUGAAGCUGGGCGGAGGACCUUGAGGAGCAACGCCGAAUUGACUUGCAAAUGUCACGGUGUGUCAGGAUCAUGCCAAUUACAGGUUUGUUGGCGCCGUUUGAAACCCUUCAGAUCUAUCGGUGAAGAGUUGCUGCAACGCUACGACGGCGCAACUCAAGUCCACGCAUCACUCGGUAGAGGGAGACCGAAGCUGAAGCCGGUCACCCGCGACGUGAAGCGUCCGGGGAAGAAAGACCUGGUAUAUAUCGAAGACAGCCCGGACUACUGCCAGGAAGAUACAUCACUCGGCAUCCUGGGAACGACCGGACGAGCUUGCAAUGCGACCAGUUACGGCCUCGAUGGCUGUCGGCUCCUGUGCUGCGGAAGAGGAUACAUCACUAAGGUUCGAGAGGUGUCUGAGAAAUGUAAUUGCAAGUUCGUUUGGUGUUGCGAAGUGAAAUGCGAGAAAUGUCGCGUGAAAAAAGUGGAGCACUUCUGCAAGUAGUAUUGUAGCGGCCAAAAAGGGAACCCCAAGUAGAUUUCGAUGCUUCAUAGCUGCAGACACUCUGAGAUAAAACUUCAGUUAGAUAUCUCCCUGUAGACUGAGUACAAGCGAGUGGGUGACUUCCUCUCAUUCGAAUCCUCCGACAAAGGAUCACUGCCAUCGAGAAGCUUCGAACCAAACUGUGGACGGAAUACUUCCGGACAAAGUUCGAAAGAUCUCUGAAAUACCGAUUUCAAUUCUGAUAAGUCGAUCGCAGUGUAUUCAUAUCAUCAUGAAGUCAUCGCAGAGGAUGAAAGAGUUUUCUUACGCCUUCGCCCUGUAUGAUAAUAUAUUCCCGUGAAAGCAAUUGAUCCGCGAUUCUGUGUAUAGUCAUGCGGAGAAAGCCAACCUCUACGACAGCCGAGGUCUAGACG